UCAUACUUCGUGAGGACUGGCUGCCCUCUGAGUUUCACUAACACCAGCAUCAACUCAACCCUCUUCAAUUACGCCACUGGCGACAGCAACCUCACAGUUUACCUAAAUUGCAGUUUCCCGAUCAUGCCGCCCCAGCUAUCGGAAAUUACUUGCCUUAGUAACCUUUCUAGGCCGAAAAAGUCGUACUAUAUGGUGGAUGAUGGGCCGUCAACUUUUCUGCAAAAUUUUCAAGGUAGCUGCGACCACACGGCGGCUGUGGCGGUUUAUGAAAGGUUGGACUUCGAUGUGGCCUUAAAAGCGGGUUUCGGAUUGACUUGGAAGGACAGUUUGGAUUGGUGCCAGGAAUGUAUGGAUUCCGGAGGGAGAUGCGGUUACAAUGAGACUCGACCAGAAGAUCAGAUUUGCUUCUGCUCUGAUACUAACCGCCUUAAUUCUUGUUUUUACUCAAAACGAAAUGAAGCUUUUGUGAUAGGUAUAACUGUGGCUUUGAUAUGCCUCCCGUUGAUUUGCGGCUCAUUAUACUUUUGUAUCAUCCGACGUAACAGAUUAAACAACUUAAUCUUCAAGAAGAAGAACGAAAUAGCUCGAACCAUUGAAGCCUUUCUAGAUGCAUGCGAUUAUCUUGGUCCAAAAAGGUAUAACUAUUCAGCUUUGAAGAAGAUAACCAACUCUUUCUCUGAAAAGUUAGGCCAAGGUGGUUACGGUGCUGUGUUCAAAGGUAAAUUUCCUGAUGGUCGUUUGGUGGCUGUAAAGGUUUUGAGCGAUACAAAAGGCAAUGGUGAUGAAUUCAUUAAUGAGGUGGCGAGUAUUGGUAGGACUUCUCAUGUUAAUGUUGUAAGUCUCUUGGGCUUUAGUUCAGAGGGUUCUAAAAGAGCUCUUAUAUAUGAGUUCAUGUCCAAUGGCUCACUCGAGAAGUACAUCCAUUCAGAGAAUUUGAAAUUUACACUUGGCUGGGAAAAACUAUACCAAAUAGCUGUUGGCAUAGCUCGUGGCCUCGAGUACUUGCAUCGUGGUUGCAAAACUCGCAUUGUGCAUUUCGACAUCAAACCACACAAUAUACUACUUGAUCAAGAUUUCUGUCCAAAGAUUUCUGAUUUUGGUCUUGCACAGCUGUGCCUUAGAAAAGAUAGCAUAUUUUCUGCUAUAGAUACAAGAGGAACUAUAGGAUAUAUUGCUCCAGAAGUUUUUUCUAGAAACUUCGGAGUUGUCUCCAGCAAGUCGGAUGUUUAUAGCUAUGGGAUGAUGAUACUUGAAAUGGUUGGAGAAAGAAAUACCUCACAUUCGUGCAAUAAGAGUGAUAGUGAAUACUAUUUUCCACAUUGGAUUUAUGAGCAUUACCAUCAAAUUGGCCAUAUGGAAGGUUUCAGUGUAACUAUUGAAUUAGAAGAGAUCGUAAAGAAGAUGAUUUUGGUGGGGUUGUGGUGCAUCCAAACAAUUCCUGGGAGUCGGCCAUCGAUGAGCAGAGUGGUUGAUAUGCUGCAAUGCAGCGUUGAUGACUUGGAAAUGCCACCAAAGCCAACACUUUCAUCUUCUUAGGAUCAUUUUGUCUGUGCGAGCUUCUGCUCUUCGGUUAACUAAGUAUCCUUUCAUGGUAUCAGAGCAAGUUAUUCCUUAAAACCUUUAGCUCGUCAUCUAAGCCGGCUUCAUGGCAAAUACCGAAGCAUCAUCUACGGCAGCUGAGCCGACUACGCCC